CUCUGAGACCGUCUCUUGCUGCAGGACUGCAACUUUCAAGACAUACAAAUAAGGAGAUAAGCUGCUUCAGAAUCUGAAAGGAAUUUAAGAAUCAAAAACUACUCAGGACGUCUGCUUUGCAACUACUUGCACAUCUCCUUUUUUUUUCUCUGAGUGUGUUUGAUCUCUGGUGAUCCAAAACGGCGUCAGCCAUGGUACUCGAGGACAACGAGUGUGACUCGGUGUUUAACCCUGAAAUCACUGAGGAUCUCGUAGAGACUCAGUAUGGAAACGUCCACUGCAUCAUGACAGGGACUCUAAAGGCAAACCGCCCGGUCAUCCUGACGUUUCAUGAUAUUGGACUGAACCACAAGUCUUGCUUUGAGACACUGUUCAACCAUGAGGACAUGCGGGAAAUCGUCAGACAUUUGCCCGUUUGUCACGUUGAAGCACCGGGACAACACGAGGGAGCCAAAACUCUGCCUUCUGCGUAUACCUACCCCUCCAUGGACCAGCUGUCUGAAGCCCUGCCUGCUGUCCUCAAACACUUUGGGUUGCGCAGUGUGAUUGGACUGGGAGUUGGAGCAGGAGCCUACAUCCUGGCUAAAUUCGCUCUGAAUCACCCUGAUAUGGUGGACGGAUUGGUUUUGAUCAACGUCAACCCCAAUGCUGAAGGAAUAAUGGAUUCUGUCGCAAGCAAAAUCACUGAAUGGACCCACACUCUCCCAGACACAGUCAUCGCACACUUGUUUGCAAAGGAGGAAAUCGAGACCAACCACGACCUCAUAGCUACAUACCGUCACCACAUCACAACCACCAUGAACCAGUCCAAUGUGAACCAGUUCCUCCGCUCCUACAACAGCCGCACCGCUCUGGACGUGGAGAGGCCUAUUCCUGGGGGAAACAUCAACGUCAGAACCCUCAAGUGCUCCUCUCUGCUGAUUGUAGGAGAUAAUUCUCCAGUUGUGGAGGCCGUGGUCGACUGCAACUCCAAACUUAACCCCACCAAGACCACACUGCUCAAGAUGGCGGACUGUGGAGGACUUCCUCAGGUGGUUCAGCCAGCCAAAACGAUUGAAGCCUUUAAAUACUUCAUCCAGGGCAUGGGAUACUUGUCCAGUGCCGGUAUGACCAGACUGAGGUCCCGGACCAGCUCCAGCUCCAGCAUCUCGUCCUUCGACAGCUCUCGGGGUCGCGCGCACACAAACGAGCUGCAGCGUAACCGAACACACUCACGCGGUACCGAGGAGAAGCGCGGGCGCUCGCACACCGAUAUCUCCAUGGAGGGUAUUUCCCACAGUAAUGUGGACCACAUCGUCUCAAAGUCAACUGAAGUGGCAUGCUAG